AUGGAGGCGUUAUUCUUCAAUGUUGACAGUGGUUUCCUCGAGGGGAUUGUUCGGGGCUACAAGGCGGGUCUGCUGACGCAGGCUCAGUACAACAACCUCACCCAAUGCGAGACCAUCGAAGAUUUCCGAACACAGCUGUCGUCGACUGACUAUGGCAACUUUCUCGCAAACGAGCAGCUCCCGAUUUCCACCUCCACCAUUGCCGACAAGGCUACGCAGCUGCUUGUCGACCAAUUCAACUUCCUCCGCAGCAACGCAGUCGAGCCACUCGUGAAAUUCUUUGACUACAUAACGUACGGGUACAUGAUUGACAAUGUUAUUCUGCUCAUCACUGGCACAUUGCAUGGCCGCAACACGUCAGAGCUCCUGGAGCGGUGUCACCCAUUAGGAGUAUUCGAGACACUACCCGCUCUUUGUGUCGCUACCAAUGUAGAAGAGCUAUACCGCAUCGUGAUGGUGGAGGCCCCACUAGCACCAUACUUCCGUGAAUGCGUAACCGUGAACGACUUGGACGACCUGAACAUCGAGAUCAUCCGGAACACGCUGUACAAGGCGUACCUGGAGGACUUUGACGCGUUCUGCGCGACGCUGGGCGGGCCAACGGCAGAGGUUAUGCACCGCAUCCUCGCGUUCGAGGCAGACCGGCGCGCUAUCAACAUCACGAUCAACUCGUUCGGGACGGGGCUCUCUAAGGAGAGCCGCGCGAAGCUUUUUCCAACGACCGGGAACCUCUUCCCGGGGGGCAACAACGCUCUCGCGCGCGCGGACGAUGUUGAGCAGGUGCGCGCGGCGUGCGAGGGUGUUGCGGAGUACCGCGCGUUCUUCGACGCCGGUGCCGGGCGCCCGAACGGCGCGGGCGUGUACGGCGAGAGCACCGCGAACCUGCUCGGGGAGUUCAACGAGGGCGACUCGGGCGCCGCGGCUGAGCUCGAGGACCGCUUCUUCGCGCACGAGGUGUACCUCAACAAGCUCGCGUUCCUGCAGCAGUUCCAGUACGGCGUGUUUUACAGCUAUCUGAAGCUGAAGGAGCAAGAGAUCAGGAGCUUGACGUGGAUUGCGGAGUGCAUUGCGCAGGAUGCGAGGGAUAGGAUACAGGACUUCAUACCUACGUUCUGA